UAAACUCUCCAGCUUCAUUCUUCCUGGCGUGUCUCCUCUCUCUCUCUCUCUCUCCCCCUCCCUCCAUCAAUGGCGACCACAAACUCUCUCCAUCACCACCACUCUUCUUACCAACACAACCGCCACAACUUCCAUUACCAAUCUCACUUCACACCAACUUCUCUCUCCCUCAAACAACCCACUUCCACCGCCACAUUCUCAUCACUCAUCUGCUCUUCUUCCUCCUCCUCCUCCUCGGCCGUCGUCACCUCUGCUACCACCACAAACGCUUCCGACAUAACCACCGAAACCACAACCGAGUUCGAUGUCCUAGCGACCCAUCUGAUCAACCAAGAUUUCAAGAAAGCAGACGAAGAAACUAGGAGACUUCUCAUUCAGAUAGCAGGAGAAGCAGCCAUUAAACGCGGCUAUGUUUUCUUCUCUGAGGUGAAGUCCAUCUCCGUUGAAGAUCUUCAGGCUAUCGACAACCUCUGGACAAAACACAGCGAUGGGAGGUUCGGAUACAGUGUGCAACGCAAAAUAUGGUUAAAAGUCAAGAAAGACUUCACAAGAUUCUUCAUUAAAGUCGAGUGGAUGAAGCUUCUUGAUACAGAGGUGGUCCAGUAUAACUACAGAGCUUUCCCUGAUGAGUUCAAAUGGGAGCUUAAUGAUGAAACGCCCUUAGGACACUUACCGCUAACAAACGCGUUGAGAGGAACGCAGCUUCUGAAAUGCGUUUUGAGCCAUCCUGCGUUUGAGAUUGCUGGUGAUGAUGAUAAUGAAGGAGGAGAAGAAGCUGAGAACAGAGGUGGUGGUAAAGCACAGACAAAAGACACAAGAGUGUUUAAAACUGAUUACAGCUUCUGAUUGAUGUCUUUGAUUUUCAUUUGGAUUAUAAAAAUAUGUAUGAACAGUCAACUAGUUAAUGAAUAUAAACCAAAAGUCUUUAUUGGUUGAUCAA